GACUCUUGGAGUGACAGUAUAUAGGAACAGAGCUGCCUGCAGCAUCCCUACACGGAUCACACAGAGGAUCACGGCUAUAAGUUUGAAACAGUUUAAAGAUGUCUAGUGAGAAAAACCCUGAGGUUGUUGGCUGUGACGCCUCAAUCAUGAAGAAUGUCUGGGAGAUCAGAGCGAGAGAGUAUGGACAAAAGCUGCAUCUGGAGCAGGAACGAAUAGAAAGGAGUGCUCUGCCUUCUAUUAACAAGGACUGGGAAAAUCGUUUGGUUGCCAAACUGGGUAACUAUAAAAGAGUGGAGAGAAAAAUUAAACCAGCUGAGAAUCAGACAAACAACAACAAUGUGUGGAAGAGUAAACAACACCAGGUUCCUCCUACUCUUCCUUGUGGAUCAGGUUCAGGUCCACUAGGCAGACCAGGAGGCCAGAGAAGGGUCUUCCCUGCUCCAGCCCCAAACUACAAGGAUAAAAAGGGGCAAGGCAAAAAUUUUAACAGACUUGACUUAAUCAUGUUCAUCACCCGGAAUCAACCUUCUGCUAUGGUGUGGGGAAAGUCUUGGAAGUACAACAAAUCCUUGCCAUUACCAGCAGAGGGUGCUACAGCUACACCAGACUGGGGCAAGUGCUGGAUAUUUGCUACCCCGCAGCUUUGCUCUGAAGUAGGAAAGCCUUGUACAAACGGGCCAAACAUGAUAGAUCUUUACAGCCAUCAUCUCUGGAAGAAACCAGACAGGGUGGUGGAAUCACAAGAGUUAGACUUAAGUCUUCCCACUGAGGAGUGGCAGAUGUCCUGGAGAAAAUUUGAAAAAAAAACAUAAGAAGAGGGAUACAUGUUCUGUAAAUGGAAAGAAUGUCACCAAAUCUGGAUUCUUCACCUUUUUGUUGGAGACUCAGCACCACAAUGAAGCCUUCUGCUCAUCAGAGUGGAGCAAGUCAUGGAGAUCCACAAAGCCAACAAGUCAGCAGAAUAAUUUAACUGAUACAAAUAAUGGUCUAAUGAAUGGGUCUAUUGUUAACAAGCAGGAUGACAAUGGAGAGAUAAGCUUCAAGUGGGAAGAAUGUUGGAGGCUUGUCAACCACCAUGGCUGCAACAAAUCCAAGUUGCCUCAAGUAAAAAAAUCUCAUUGUCAUGAGUGGGCUGACUCAUGGAGAGCAGCCAUGGUGGUAUUCAAUAACCACAAGAAUUCUGAUCCCUCUCUGAGGCAAGAUAACAAGGAUAAGUAUGAUUAUCAUGGCCAGCAGAAAGAGGCGCAUCUUUACAUAGUCAAGACGUACAGAGGUCUGUACUUGGAGCUCCACAAGGAAUUUAAGGCUCUCUCUGAGUGGAGGAAGUCAUGGCAGGUGACCAAAAACAACUCUAAACCAUGUGAAGAAAUAAAGAAAGUCUUAAAGGUCUCUCCACCAAAGAUGGAGGCUCAGAAGGUAGAGAAGAACCCAAAGGGUCAUCAUUUAACAUCAGAGAAAGCUGACUCAUGCUAUGAGCAACUGAAACACCAUGUCAUAUACUGCCCAAAGCAAGAAUUCGCCCAAUCUAAGCUGAUUCAUCUGAAACACUUGGAAAAUGUCUUGUCUACCUCAGAAUGGGGGGAUUCCUGGAAGACACUGAAACACAGAAUGAAAAUAGAGAGAAGAAUUAGUCCUGAUCCUUCAAGGCCUUUCAGAGCAUCUGAGAAGGGAGGAGACAUGAAGCCUACUACCUCAGAGUGGAAAGACUCAUGGAUGUUCACCUGUCUGCCUCUGUGUCGAGAGCCUGAACGUUGGGAGCAGGGUUGGUCCACCACACCCCAAAUCCAAGUACAUCAUGCGUGGGUCCAGAACCACUUUCCACCUUUGGAACUACCUAACAAUGGGCCGACCAGGGAGCAGAGUUGGGGAGAAUCAUGGAGGUUAUCAAGGCCUCAGAAUCGAUCAAAUCCUGCGCAGUGUAGGGCACAAACCAGCCAAGCAAGGUCAAGUGUGACUUCCCUCUAUCCUUACGAUUCACGGACAGACAGGAGGUACGCUAGGUCCAUUUCUGACUGGCAGGGAGCCUGGAUGGUCUCCGAAACUCAGUUCCACCAUGACAAACCCUCCCUAACCAAAUGGAGGGAAGCCUGGAAGUGCUCCAUAUUCCACACAGGGCUCUGGACUGAGCAGAAGCCUAGAGAGAACGGGGGGGAUAUGUUAAUGGAGAGCCAACCCCGGAGAGAGAAGAUUUCCUUGCAGAGAGCCAAAGCUAAAAUGAGCCAGUCUUUUAAGAGCCAGAUGUUCAGGGAAAGAUAUCCUGAGAAACAUUGGAGUGCUUCAUGGAGAGCUGGGUCACUUCUGAAACAUCAACCAAGUCAUUACAGAUCUUCGGGGAUACCUAGGAAUAGCAUGACCGGCACUACUCAGCAACUACAUGCCACUUUCAAUGGGCAUGGAUCUAAGUGGGGAAGGUCGUUCAGGCUUGCCAAUCCCAUGCCCCAUGUGGAUCAACCCUGGGUGGAGUCUUCUCCUAACCCAUGUCACGAUGUAGUCAUGUGGUCAAGAGGGAAUAACACACAAAACAACAUCAAAACCAACUUUAGUAACAACCCUGCAACCAUCAGGCUUUGGGAAAACUCUCAUCAGUUCCUGCAGCGGGCUAGUGCACAGAUGAAAGACAAAACCAUGUCUAAGGAACCCGUUGAUCCUAGGAUGAAUAUCACAAAAAAGAACAAAACAAGUAGACAUUUGUACUCCAACAUUGAGAAGGAGAAACAAUCAGAAAGGAAGUGGGCAGGAUGCCACCUGUUGGGUAAAACACAACCACGUCCCAAGAAAGGCCCUGCUUCAGGAAAGAAGCUAAAGAUGGAGGACAAAAACAAAGAAAUGUUCAUUGAGGAGUGGGCAGAAUCUUGGAGGUCCUUUGUUCACCCUUCUGGUCUGAAAAAGCAGAUGACCAUCAAAUCACUCUCAGGUUGGGAUAAGUCAUGGAAAUUCCUCCUUCCACUGUACAAGCCGAUGAAUGGCCUUAAGACCAAAUAGAAGGCAUGGCUCAGUCAACUUUUAGCUUUAGAACUGAAGAAGCCUCUUUGAUGAGAGGCAUAACAUCUUUUAGUAUAUUCAACCAAGUCCAGUUGCCCUUAAUUUUAACCCACCUUGAAUAACUUUGAGCUUAGUGAAAUCAGAUGGAUAAUUUUUGUCAGACUUCAAAUAUCAGAUAACCUGAAGCAUCAAAAUUUGCCACAUACAAACCAUGUCAAUAAAAACAUAAUGCUUUA